AUGCUGGUAUCUGGAAGCCUCAUAGAUAAUAGUGAUAACAAGAAACUAGGGAGAAAGCAGCAACAGACAAUAAGUGAUCAGAAGAAAGAGAGUAAUGCAUGGGAUAUGAGGAAGAGACUGCCUGCCGUGCUACCCAGAAGAGAUGACAGAUUUCUCAGACUAGAAACCUGGGGCAUCUUCUAUUCAAAGUCCAAAGCUACCUUAUUUGAAAAUAUAGGUCUUAUGAAGUAUGAAGAAGUAUUGUCCAUGUUAGUUAAACUGGACUUUACAAAACCAAUUUCAGAUGAAAACAUUACAGUGACUGACACUACCUUUAGUGGCAUUCCAGUACGUUUGUAUUUACCAAAAAGGAAGUCAGAAAGACAGAGACCGGCUGUAAUUUAUCUUCAUGGUGGUGGCUUUAUCAUCGGAAGUUGCAGCAAUUCGGCUUAUGACUUGCUGAACAGAGAGACGGCAAACAAACUUGAUGCUGUUGUUGUGGGAGUGGACUAUAGACUAUCUCCUCAAUAUUAUUUCCCUGCUGCCAUUGAAGACAUUCUUUCUGUUGUCAAGUUCUUUCUACAGGACAAAAUUAUUGAACGAUAUAGAGUGGAUCCCAUGCGAAUCUGUAUUGCAGGUGAUAGCAGCGGGGGUUCAUUGACAGCAACAGUGACUCAGCUGCUAAAGAAUGACCCAGUAUUCAAAAACAAAAUUAAGGCUCAAGCUUUAAUUUACCCUGGUUUACAAGUACUUGAUACCUUAGCGCCAUCUCACCAAGAAAAUGAACAUGGCCUGUUGCUAACAAGGGAUAUGGCAAUUAAAAUGAUAUGCUUAUAUUUCACCAAUGAUGAAGUACUUCCUCAGGCAAUGAGAAAAAACCAACAUAUGCCUCAAGAAUCAAGACAUCUGUUCAAGUUUGUCAACUGGAGUAACUUUCUUCCUGAUAAAUAUAAAAAGAACUAUAUUUAUAUGGAACCAGUUCUUGGAAAACUUAAUUUAUCACAUCCAGCACUUUUGGAUAGUAGGUUAUCACCCUUGUUAGUGAAUGAUUCCCAGUUACAAAAGUGUCCAUUAACUUAUAUCCUCACCUGCCAAUAUGAUAUUCUAAGAGAUGAUGGACUUAUGUAUGUCACACGACUUCGAAAUGUUGGAGUCAAUGUUGUUCAUGAUCAUUUAGAGGAUGGAUUUCAUGGAGCUCUAUCAUUCAUGUCAUCACCAUUUUAUUUACAAUUAGGCAUCAGAGUGAAAGAUAAGUAUAUUAGUUGGUUAGAAGAAAAUCUAUAA